AUGAGCGGCCACGCUUACAGAAAAAAAGCGUUGGAAAGAAGAAACAAAGAAGAAAAGCUUGUCAAACAAACAGCAAAAAUUGAUAGUUUUUUGAAAAAGAACAAUGACGAAGUGUCAAGUUCUACAAGGUUGAAUGACCUAGCAGAGAUCGAGGCGAAAGAGAUUACGGUGGAAGGGAAAAAUAAACCCAAUGACAAUAUAAAAGCAUCCGAUUUGACUACGCCAGAUCAAGUCGCUUCUAAUAGUACUAAUAUUAUUAAGAAAUCUAACCCUACUGCUACCGUGGCUUCCUGCUCAGCAUCUUGCAAUCCCGCAUGUGAUUUAAUUUCAACUAGUCUGCCUGCACCUUUGCAUGAAGAUUCUGCUAUGGUCGAUAAACAAAGUGAACUAAAAUCUUCAGCAGUCGAAAGUGAUCCAGCUCUGUGGGUUGUAACUGAAGAUUUAAUAGAUCAUUUUUCAAGAAAUGGAUUUGAACAAAAUAUUGAAGGCGAAGAUUUUUCCAAAUCCAAGCGAAGAUCCGAGGAUCAAUAUCGCUUCUUGUACAAAAAAAUAUUUAAAACCAGACUCAUAAACGGAGAGAAAGUUUGUCGUAAUUAUUUAAUAUAUUCAAAAUCGAAGGGUUCCAUAUUUUGUGGACCAUGUCGUCUUUUCGAAAGUGAACAUGGAGGUCAACUUACUUCUGAAUUAGGUUUUUCUGAUUGGAAACAUGCUCACGAGAGACUUAAGGUUCAUGAGUCUAGUUUGGGGCAUAAAAACUGUUUGCUAAAAAUGAAAUAUCGGGGACAAGUAGAGACCCGGGUUGAUUCUCAAUUAUAUAUACAAUUAGAAGAUGAAAAAAAGUAUUGGUGUAACGUAUUACUUCGAGUAGUUGUAGCUGUGAAACAUCUAGCUACGCGUGGACUUCCUUUUCGUGGAAAGACAGAUAAAUUUGGAUCCACAAAUAAUGGAAACUUUCUGAUGAUGUUGGAAACUAUUUCAGAGUUUGAUCCAUUUCUUGCCAAACAUAUUGAGCAUUUUGGCAACCCAGGAAAGGGCAGCACCUCUUACUUAUCAUUUGCAACAUAUGAAAAAAUUAUUAAAAUUAUGGUUGACAAAGUUACCGAAACCAUAAUUGAGCAACUUCAAAAAGCCAAAUACUUUUCUUUUAGUGUUGAUUCUACUCCGGACAUAACCCAUGAAGAUCAACUUUCUUUAAUUGUGCGAUUUGUUCAAGAUAAUGCAGAACCAGUUGAACGUUUCCUUUGCUUUCUGCCAAAUACUGGUCACAAAGCAGAAGACAUGUUGCAAGCCAUUUUGAAGACUAUUGACAAACUGAAUAUCGAUAUUGCCAAUUGUAGAGGUCAGUCUUAUGAUAAUGCAAGCAACAUGUCUGGGCAGUAUAACGACCUGCAGGCAAAGAUUAAAGAAAAAUGCCAAUAUGCAACAUAUAUACCUUGCGCCGCACAUUCCUUAAAUUUGAUCGGAUCCUCAGCAGCUGAGUGUUGCCCAGAAGCUACAAAGUUUUUUGGAGUAUUGCAAAAUCUGUACGUAUUUUUUACAGGAUCAACGGAACGUACAAAAAUAUUGCAAACAUUUUUAACGGAACCUGAAAAUGUAACCGUUAAAAGUUUGUCACAUACGCGGUGGUCGGCAAGAGAUGAUGCUUGCUCGAGCCUGAAUAAAAAUUGGGAACAAAUAAUUAAAGCUCUGGAAGCAAUAAAAAGUAACUCUUCGCAACAAAAAGCCUUAAUCAAAAAUGAAGCUACAGGUUUAUUGGCUCAACUGAAUUCCUUAGAAACAGCGAUAUUAUCGGAAUUCUGGGGAUCAGUCCUAAAACAAUUUAAUACCGUUUCUAAAGUUUUGCAAGGUGUGGACACAGACGUUGAGGUAGUCUCCAACCUUUACGAUUCCCUGAUUACUUUUGUGAAAAAUCAACGCGAAUUAUUCGAUGCAUUUGAAAAAGCUGGAAAAGAAAAGUGUACUGAAGAUUACAAAGAUAGCCGGAAAAGGAUAACAAAAAGAAAAAAACGAGACGAUGAGCAACGCGAAGGAGAAGUAAUUUUACAAGGACGGGACUAUUUUAAAGUGAAUACUUUUUUGCCAAUAUGCGACCAACUGUUGGGCGAGUUAAGGAGGCGUAAAACAUCCUAUGAUGCUGUAACCACCAAAUUUGUAUUUCUAUCCAAUUUAAGUACACUAUCUGAGGCGGAAAUUAAAUUGAACGCAUUAUCACUCCAAAAGUCUUAUCCUACUGAUCUUGCGGAUGAUUUAAAGGAUGAAUGCAUUCUAUUAAAGAAUUUUUUACCGUCUCAGGGACAAGAAACUAAAACAAGUUUACGCGAACUAAACUUAUUAAUUAAUAAAAAAGAUCUGAAAGUGGCGUUUCCUUACAUUGAAAUUGCGUUGCGCAUAUUUCUUUGUACUGCAGUAACGAAACGCUCAUUUUCGGUACUCAAACGGAUAAAAAACUAUUUAAGAUCGCGUCUUAUCGAAGAACGGCUUAAUAAUUUGGCAAUUUUGAACAUCGAAGCCGAUUUAACAAAUAAAAUUGAUUAUGACGAUGUAAUAAACGAAUUUGUUAAAAAUUUUGUCCACAGAAAAAAAAUGUAA